AGAAUAUGAGAAGGCUUUCCACAACCAUUAAAUGUGUUUGUGUUAGGGUUAAGCCAACAUAAGCCAACCACACUGGUGGUGGAAAUCCCACUGAUUGAGAAACAGCCAUGUUCUGUUCUGCAGAGAUGCUUUUCUGCUUGGUUUAGCAAACUAUGCACACAGAUUCCCAAUGUUCUUUUUAUGCAUUUCAGCAGCCCCUGUGUCCUGCAACAGAGGCUGCAAACAGCUGCGCAAUUAUACAGCUGUUUUACACACUGAAGUCAUUCAUUUAGGAUCAGUCAGGUUGCCAGUUGUCUCUCACCAGGAAGAACUGUGUUCAGUACAGGAAACAUACAGAGAGAUGGCCUUUCUCAAGCAUUCCAUCCUGCACGCCCUGAGUGUGCUGCUCUUGGCCUGGGUGUUGGUGCAAUGCCAGGCCCCUGCUGAACCAGAGGAAGAGGAGGAGGAAGAGCCAACAGAGGAAACAGAAACUGCAACAGAGGUGACGAAAUCUGAGGCGGAGAUCUGUCCGCAGGAUUGCAGCUGUACAGCAGAGGGGGUAGUGGACUGCCCCGGAGUCAACCUCAUCGAGUUCCCCGCUAAGCUGUCGGAAAAAACCCGCCAGCUCUCUCUACAGAACAACAAGAUCGAGGAGAUAACGGUCGAGCAUAUUUCCCAUCUGCAUCAGCUUGAGACUCUUAAUCUUCAGAAUAACUGGCUCACCUCAGAUGGCCUUGAAGAUGAAGGGUUUGAGAUGCUUGAACAACUGGCUUAUUUAUACUUGGCAAAUAACAAGCUCACCUUAGCACCAAAGGUCCUGCCCCCCUCUUUGGUCAGUGCUGACUUCGCUGCUAAUCAGCUUACAAGGAUCUUUCCAUAUACAUUUGGUCAUAAGCCAAAACUGAGGUCUGUGUAUCUCCAUAACAACAAGCUGACUGAUGCAGGUCUCCCUGAACAUAUGUUCAAUGCCUCUGACAACCUGGAGAUCCUAACCAUGUCUAGCAACUUCUUGAGGGUUGUUCCCAAGAACCUGCCUCCGACUCUUUACCGUCUUCAUCUGAAGAGAAACAAGCUGGAGAAAAUCCCAGCAGGAGCUUUUGACAGCUUGCCCAAUCUCAGAGAAUUAUAUCUUCAGAACAACCUUCUCAGCAAUGAGGGCAUGGACAAUGAGACUUUCAGCCAACUCAGCAGCCUUGAGUGUUUGGAUUUGUCAAAUAACAACCUCAGCGUUGUCCCAAAGGGUCUCCCUCGCAGUCUUGUGCUGCUACACUUGGAGAAGAACGACAUCCGCAGUAUCCCUGGAGAUGCUCUAACGUCAGCCCGAAAUCUUGAAUACCUGCUCCUCCACAAUAACAAACUUCGUUCCCGUUCUAUCCACCCAGCUGCCUUCCAGGGCUUGAAAAAGCUGCACACUCUUCACAUGCACAACAAUUUGCUGGAGCGCGUUCCCAGAGGCUUGCCUCGGCGAGCAAAGACCUUAAUGCUGCUCCAUAACUCUAUUUCUGAAAUUGGCCGCAACGACUUAACCUUGUUGUACACGCUGAUAGAACUCAACCUCAGCUACAAUAAGCUCACCAGCCCCAAGAUGCACCGUGAGGCUUUUAGGAAGCUACGUCUGCUGGAAACCCUGGACCUGUCGGGGAACAGCCUUACCUCAAUGCCCAGGGGUCUUCCUCGCAGUCUGCACGUGCUCGAAAUCAAGAACAACCUGAUCAACUCUAUACCAGAUGGUACGCUGACAAAGAUGGAGAAGUUACGAAAGCUGAUCCUGAGUGAUAACCAGCUGAAACUGAACUCAGUCUACCAGGGAGCCUGGAUGGAGCUCACUGCGCUCACAACGCUGGACCUGUCUGGCAACCUAAUGACACACAUCCCCGCUGACUUACCCGAGUCUCUGGAAUACAUUUACCUGCAAAAUAACCGCAUCUCCAGUAUUCAUGGUUCAGCUUUUGAAGGCACUCCCAACAUCAAAGGCAUCUUCCUCCGAGUGCAGGCUAAUACCCAUGAGCCCUGCAGCUGAAACAGCGGUCAGUCAAGAAGAAAGAGGUUCCCGACAUGCUCUUUCGUGGCUUUUGUUCGAUUUCAUUUCAAAUAUGACCUCAAGCUGGCUGCUUUACGGCCAGUGUUUACAAGUCCUGAACCCUUCCAGGGUCAUCGUGUUUUUAGUGUCAGCUGCUGGCACAUUUGACUUUUUUGUCUCUUUAAAAGAAUUUUUUUAUUUCCAUCCAAAUCCCUUUGCAGCUGGGAGCCUUUCAUGCAAGUCGAUUUAAAGCUGCUGGAAUGUUUGUGUCUGUUGUUGAAGUGGAAGGACGGCCUUUAUGUGUAUUUAUUAGUGAAUUAACUUUUAAACUUUAUGAGCAACAUAUGCAAAUAUUUUCAGUGAUCAAUGCAAUAAAUUCCAUUUGCAUUAGACAUAGUUUUAGAUAAAAGUCAGUGGACACCUGUGAGCUUGACGGUGUUAAAAUAAGAGAAUGGGUAGCAUACGUAGCAUACAUUCUUCUGCUCAAUGCUCAGCUGUACAGAUUUUUAUAGAUGUGAC